AUGGAGGUGGUGCUGGUGUUUCUUCUCAGUAUAGCUUCUUUAAUAAUUUAUUUCAUAGAUGCGUCCAGGGACAAAGUGGAGACAUGUCAUUCGUGGUCCGAAAAUACUACGCAGCAGAUUGACUUAGCACUCAAUAUAUUUUUUAUGGUCUACUUUUUUAUACGCUUUAUUGCUGCUAGCGACAAGUUGUGGUUCUUGCUGGAGCCUUAUUCAUUCGUGGAUUAUUUCACCAUUCCGCCCUCCUUCAUAUCCAUUUAUUUAGGAAGAACGUGGAUAGGCCUCCGUUUCACGAGGGCGCUGCGGCUCAUGUCUGUGCCGGACAUUCUACAGUACCUGAACGUGUUGAAGACAAGUUCAAGUAUUCGGCUGGCACAACUCAUAUCCAUCGUCAUCAGCGUCUGGCUUCUUGCAGCAGGUCUCAUACACUUGCUGGAAAAUUCAGGUGAUCCCUUACACUUUUCCAAUCCUCACGAGCUGACAUAUUGGGAGUGUGUUUACUUCCUGAUUGUCACCAUGUCCACGGUUGGCUACGGUGAUAUCUACUGCCAAACGACUCUAGGUAGAGGGUUCAUCGUCUUUUUUAUUCUCGUCGGGCUGGCUGUGUUCGCCAGCUGGAUACCAGAGAUCACUGAGCUGAUCGGACGCCCGUCCAAAUACGGAGGAGUCCUCAGAAAAGAAAGAGGCAAGAGACACAUCGUGGUGUGCGGGCACAUCAACUAUGACUCUGUGUCCUACUUCUUGAAAGACUUCCUUCACGAGGACAGGGAAGACGUCGAUGUUGAAGUCGUUUUCCUUCAUAGGAAACCUCCUGAUUUAGAGUUGGAGGGUCUCUUCAAGAGGCAUUUCACGACAGUCGAAUUUUUUCAAGGAACCGUCAUGAAUCCCGUGGAUUUGCAGAGAGUCAAGGUACAACAAGCGGACGCCUGCUUGGUGCUAGCGAACAAAUACUGUCAGGAUCCAGAUGCGGAAGACGCAGCCAACAUCAUGCGGGUAAUAUCCAUUAAGAACUUCUCGGACGACAUACGGGUUAUCAUACAGCUCAUGCAAUACCACAACAAGGCUUAUCUUCUGAAUAUCCCGAGCUGGAACUGGAAAAAUGGAGACGAUGUGAUAUGCUUAGCCGAACUGAAACUGGGUUUCAUUGCACAAAGUUGUUUGGCUCCAGGGUUUUCGACUAUGGUCGCCAAUCUCUUCGCAAUGAGAUCGUACAAAACGAGUCCGGAUACCCCCGCGUGGCAAAAUGAUUAUUUGUGUGGUACGGGCAUGGAAAUGUAUACGGAGACACUGUCAUCGUCUUUUGUGGGCAUGAGCUUUCCUCAGGCAGCUGAGCUGUGUUUUGUGAAGUUAAAGCUGUUGUUAUUGGCUAUCGAAAUCACCCACGAUGAUGGUCUGGAUUCCAAGAUCUCUAUCAACCCGAAAAGCCAAGUCAAGCUCACACCAGAUACGCAAGGGUUUUUCAUCGCUCAGUCUGCUGACGAAGUCAAGAGAGUUUGGUACUAUUGUAAGAACUGUCAUGAAGAUGUAAAAGAUGAAAAACAAAUUAAAAAAUGCAAGUGCAAAAAUCAGGAGAGGUUUAAGAGAAACGCCUGGGCUAUGCUGCUCUUUAGGAAGAAAACGACUUCUACUGCUGCUGUCCUGCCUCGAAAUGGUAGCCGCCAAAAGAGCCCUGGGAAAGUGAAUUCCAUGUCUUCUAUUACGUCUGCCAGGAAGAACAGGCAUAGCAGUGCAGGCAUCACGCCCACGCAAGCUGUCUCACGAGCAGUCAUACCAACUCCGACUCUUGCCUACGAAGUCAAGAAACUCAUGCCGACAGGAAGAAGUAGUUCCGGAAGUGUUACAGAACGACCUUUCGGCAUGAUGGCUGAAGACCAAGGCAAAGAUUUUGACUUCGAGAGAACAGAAAUGAAAUACGACUCGACGGGCAUGUUUCACUGGUGUCCGGCACGUUCUAUCGAAGACUGUAUUCUGGAUCGUAAUCAAGCUGCUAUGACUGUUCUUAACGGUCACGUGGUUCUGUGCCUAUUCGCCGACAAGGACUCACCUCUGAUUGGCCUUCGGAAUCUCGUGAUGCCUUUGCGAGCCAGCAAUUUCCACUACCAUGAGCUGAAGCACGUAGUAAUUGUCGGAAACGUGGAUUACCUCCGCAGAGAAUGGAAGAUGUUGCAGAAUUUGCCCAAGAUAUCAAUACUUAGUGGUUCACCGCUCAGCCGAGCUGACCUGCGGGCUGUGAAUAUCAAUUUAUGUGACAUGUGCGUCAUUCUGUCAGCGAAGAUUCCAAGUUCCGAAGACCCCACCUUGGCGGACAAGGAAGCCAUACUUGCCUCGCUUAACAUCAAAGCGAUGACCUUCGACGACACCAUUGGAGUCCUCACGCAUCAUGAAGCCGGUCGAGAGGGAAUGUCUCCAUUAGGAAGUCCAAUUGUCUUGCAGCGAAGAGGCUCCGUGUAUGGCACAAACGUUCCUCUUAUUACAGAACUCGUGAACGACACGAACGUUCAGUUCCUGGACCAAGACGACGACGAUGAUCCAGACACAGAGCUGUACCUAACACAACCAUUUGCAUGCGGCACGGCAUUUGCAGUGUCCGUUCUGGACUCGCUCAUGAGUACGACGUAUUUCAACGCCAAUGCCCUAACUCUGAUUCGUUCCUUGAUUACGGGUGGAGCCACGCCAGAAUUAGAACUGAUUCUUGCAGAAGGAGCUGGACUUCGAGGGGGAUAUAGCACUCCAGAGUCCCUGAACAACAGAGACCGAUGUCGUGUUGGCCAGAUAUCGCUCUCGGACGGACCACUGGCCAGCUAUGGAGACGGUGGAAAAUAUGGUGAUGUUUUUGUGGCAGCACUAAAGAAUUAUGGAAUGCUUUGCAUUGGCCUCUAUAGGUAUAGAGAUACCAGUUCAUCUUUUGAAGCCUCCACCAAGCGCUAUGUGAUAACAAAUCCACCAACAGAAUUUCCACUCAUACCCUCAGAUAAGAUAUUCGUCUUGAUGCAGUUCGACCCUGGCCUAGAAUACCAGCCGAAUCGAGGAGAGAGAGACGACAAUUCCUGACUCUUGUACUGCAGCGCCUUGACGGAUGGGCCUUACACUUUCCUCUGAAACACAAAAACUGAAGCCACAACUUCAAAACUCAGCUUUCGUCGCCGCUUCCAACACCACCUUCGGGUUGAUGUGUUUUCCGCCUUAAUUUCUGCAAAGCAGGUGCCACAUUGUGCAUUGCCAACCAACUCACCAAUAUCUCAGCCAAGAUACAUGGUUGGCAUUUGCUUCCGUUUAAUUAACUUGGAUUCAAGAAAGGAUCACUUCCAUCUUUGAUGGAAAGUUGUUAAUGUUGGCACAUUCUUUUACAUCGAAGCACUUACAUAUCCUACAUAAACACAAAAUUUAUGCUUAGAUAUAAAUAUUUUUCAUGUCUAUCUGGUACAUUAUGUUGUUAAUCUGGACAACAUUUCUUUGUAAAUUUUCAGCAUAUGAUGCGGAUGAUAUUUGGCACCCACAUGUGUCUUAAACGGAAAUCAGGCUGAAAUCAUUUGGCAUAGAAUUUACCUCGAGAGACUAGAAGUUCUUUGCGCAGUCACAUUCAAGAGUCACAUUCAUAUACUUUGUAGUGUUUCAUAUCAAUAACAAUAUUUACAUAAUAUUUGUAAAACUUGCUAAAUGCAACACAUAACUACGAAGACAGAACUUAAGAUUAAAUUCUGCAUAAAUUAAUAAUUUUUCUUAACUCAAAGAAAAGGGGGUGGAGAUUCUUUCUUAUACUUAAAAAUUUGUAAGAGUUCUAAAUGCUGCAGAGUUCCCUAGAAACGUUUUGAUGAAAAAUUUAGCUUCACGUUUCCUACUUCAUCAAUGAUUAUGAUUUGUAGCAGAAAGAGAACACAUAGCAUUGAAUAGAUUGUUCCUACAUUGCACAUUUAAUUUCAGUUAUUCAACAAAUCUCUCAACAUUUCUCUUCCAGCUUAGUUUCAAAUUUACACAUUAAAUUUUCAAACAUUCACUUCUUUUUAAUAAAAACAUUUUUCCAUAUAGUCAAUUUUGCAAGUACAAAAUCAUUUAAAAUAUUUUGUUUUAUUAUGGAUUAAUAAGUGUUUGUCUGCAGAAAUGCGAAAAGCCUUUUUAAGCAUACUGAAUGCUAAUGAAAAAGAAGCAGGAGUUCUAAAUAAGUUUUACAAAGUUUCAAAGUAAAAAAUUUUAGCAUAGAAUGUAAAAAGUAUAAGUAAAAGGAUGUUUUAAUAUACCAUCUGAAAUAAUGGAUAAUAACAGAUAUCAUGCUUGCAUAUUUUCUGUAUGAUUUUAAAUACAGCAUAUUUAUUAAAAAAAGAUAUGAAAUGUAAAACUGUUUUAACCACUUAAUUGUUUCAUUUUCCUGCCAUAUUGUGACCAAAAAUAAGCAUAUUUUUCAUAAACAAUUUUGUAAUUUAGUCAAUUGCAUGAAUUCAAAUCAGCAGUCAUAACUAUUACAAAUGUUGCAUUUAUUAAUUUAAGGUAAUUUAUAAUUAUGACGAAAUUAACGCAUUUUUACUUAAAGUUGGCUUUUUAUGAUGAAACUAUGGAACUGGAAAGAACACUUUGCAGGAGAUAACUGUGAAUGAAGUAAAUUUGCUGUGAAAUUACAGAAAUAUAAAUAAUUACAUUAACACAUUGUAAAAAGUAGCAGACUGAAAGCAUGUGAAAUGCUUAAUAAAUUGCAAUACAAUAUCAAUGCUUAGAAUUCUUUAUGUAAUAAAAUAAUAGUGUCCUCUAGUAGUAGGUAAAAUUUAGAAGAAAGAAUCGAUUAAAAUAACUGCACUGAAGUAAAGCAGAGUAAAAAUCAGUAUAACAGUUUGUUCGCAAUUAUGGAUUUUGUAGAAAUUUUCAUUACAAUUCAUAGUUUGCAAUAAAAAGAAUUUUUCUUUAUAAUUUUAGUAAACCUUUAAAUAAUGCAUUGUAUGAAGCAUAAAAUGUAUAGAUAAUAAUGCUAAAAUUUAUAGAGAUUUAAAAAUAAAUUCAUAAAAUUUAUAGAUUUAAAAAUAACUACAACUUCAAAUAAAAUUUAGAGUAGUAAUUUUCAAUUAGUAUAUUAUUACAAUUUAAUAUAUAUUAUGCAUGAAUUUCAUUACAGUUGUAACUUAAUAAAUUGAUACUUUUUAAGUUGCAAGUUUUAGAUAAGAUGCAACUUUAAUGAAAUAAUUUCCAGAGUUCAUAAUCAUAUUGUUAAAAUAUAUUUUAAAUUACAAAAGGUUUUCUUACCUGUAUGUCUUUUACUAUUUUUAUUAAUGGUAUAGAUUUCCAGUUUUGGAAAAUUAAUCUAAAAUCUGAACAUUUCUUUUUUUAAUCAAAUUCUUUUUAAUUAAAUUCCAAUGUUAUUAAAGCAUAAAUAAUAGUGUCCUCUACAUGGAAGAUAACUAUUACAAUAGAGAGGUUUUAAACACAAAAUAUACAAAUAAAUUAGUUCUUAAGAAAUAUUUCUUUUAAAUUCAAAUUGCUUAGUUAAUAGCAUUAACAAAAUAUGCAACAUAACUUACAUAAAAAUUGCUUCCACUUUUUCAGAAAAUUCCAAUUUUACUAAGGUUUUUAUUUUGUGGUUAAUUUAAAGAAAAUCUGAAGUUUAACUGGAGGCUUGAUGUCUCAUUAAUAUGCUUUAAAUGUUUCAAAUGUAAUUAACUUUAAUCUUUAAUUCAUGAAAUUUUGAUAGGUUGUUAUGAAAAAAUAAAAUUAUCACUUAACCCUCUGAGUGGCAUGGGCUUUUGGAUCUGUUAUGAAGACCUGCAUUUAAAGAGCCUUUAUUAGCUAAAUAAUAUGUAUAUUUAUUUACCUAUUGUAUCUAUUUUCAUAAACUUACAUUCAUCAAAAUGGCAUUGAAGAAAGAAGCAAAACAUCUUAAAUUAUAAGCUAAUAUAUAACAAGUGACCAAAAAUCUCAUGACUGGAUAAAGCUGGUCAUGGUGCUCAGAGGGUUAAAAUACAUUAAUGAACUUUUUAAAUAUCAGAAAUAAAUGCAAAAUAAUAGCUUCACAGAUCUUGCAAGUUAUAACUUCUAAAAUACAGUAAAAUCCCAAACAGAUGAGGGAGCCUUUUCAAACAUAUCUGACUCAAUUUUGACAAUUAAAGGCAUAAAUAAACACAGCUAAGAUUUUUAAAAGCAUGCAUACCACUGCAACUGUAUACCAAUAUCUGCGUAUUUCGAUAUUUGUAUUUAUAUAUUUUACAUACCCGCGCAAUUAAAUACGAGUAAUCUUUUUUGGAAUUUUUUCGUGCAACACUUACCUAUAUGCAUCUUGCCACAGUUUCAUAGCAAUACAUAUGAGUGCCAUUUUUUACAGAGAGAUGUUACAUUUCUUUGAAAUGAGAUCACUAACUUUCACUAUAAAACACAUAUUUACAUCUACAGGAUGAAACAAUAAAGUUGAUGUAAAAAAAUUUAAAUGAUUUUUGAGCCUCCCAAAUUAACAUUAUUAUUUUUCCCUCAUCACUUCAAUUUUAAGCAGGAUUUUACUGUAUUCACAAAAUAUUCUACAAUCACAUACUGCCAUUUGUAUUAACACUUAAUUCAGCUUUUUUGGUUCCUGUCAAUGCAUCUAUUACGCAAAUAUAUUUAUAGAUUAUUUUCCUUUUACUUUAGAUCCAUGAAAUUAUUUAACUCUCAGUUUUGUCAAACAAUUUCAGAUUAAUAUUGCUUAUUUUGACAAAGAAAAACCAAAGUUGUUUUAAAUAAAAGCAUAAACUUUACUUAAUAAAAUUCCUGCUUCUGAGGGGUACGAAGCUCCAGAUUUAUGAAAACAAUUAGCACAUGCAAAAUAUUGUUUUUGUUCUUGUGCUUUAAAUGUCUGAAAUACAGAUAAAUAUAUAACCUUAAGGCAUACAAAUUUAAUGUAAAUCAACUAUCCAUGAUUUGGGAAUUUUUUUAUUGCUUGGUUCUUUUCAAAGAUUAAAUAUUCACUGUUGCUUGUACUCGCUGUGACAAAUUAUGGUUCUCCAGAUGGAGAAAUUUUAUUGAUAAGUUUGAAUAACAAACGAAUUUCAUGGUAUUAUGUGCUUUAAAUCCUUUAUAAUAAAGUUUAUAUUAAAAACAG